AUGUUCAACUUCAAGCAGUUCACCAGGAAUGGACACCACGGCCAUGAUCUGCAUGCAAUACAACCCAUUUUCAAAGACUCUUAUUGGCAAUGGUACAUCGAAAGCUAUCUCAGGAAUGAUAGAGAAACUACUAUCAAGCAUACACCCUAUGUCAUCACCAAAUUUACAGAAAAAUCAUCCGAAGUUGUCAAGAUACGACAGUUUUUCGAAGAAAAGCAAUUGCCAGGACCUGGUGUUUUAGAGAUUAUCGCUAUACUUAAAUCACCACUAACAGGAGGUGAUGUAAACAAAACAUUUUAUAUACUUCGCAUGUUUCAAUUGAGCACUGAAGGAUGGUUUCUUACCAAUUCAAGAAUUGACAAAUUGGGCAACAAAUUGUCUUUUGUUGGUGCAGAAAAUUGGGACAAUGUCUUGUGCUAUAUGGAUGCAUUAUUGUUUGCCAUGUUUGCCAAUUUGGAUAGCUUUGAGCCAAUUUUAUUUAUACCUAAUCAAGAUGAACCUUUGGUUGCACAAUUAUCGGCAUUGUUGAGAGUUUAUGUGUCGUUAUUACGUCUGGGGUACCUAAUUACUACUGACCUCACAGCACGCAUAUGUGAAGGGUUAAUGAAACUAGGUUUCGAUGAAGCUCUCAGCCACAAGCAACAAGACUCGGCUGCCUUGUUUGAGUUUUUAACUGAAGUAUUGAAUAUGCCUUUGUUGACAUUCAAGGUUGAUAUCAAGCAUGGAGGCAAAUUCAACAAAAAGGACGAUCAAAAGCUUUCAAAAGAAAGAAUAUUGUUUGUAAGUAUACCUGAUGAGGACGAGGAAGUAAAGAAGGAGCCAUCAAACGAAUCUGACUCAGAUAUUCUCACUCAAUCCAUUUCGAGUUUAAAUCUGAGCGGGUCGGAGAUGGAUGAAUCGAUAUUAUUGGAGGAGUGUUUGGAACACUACUUUAAUAAUUCAAUCAGUGUCAAGCGUGAGUUGGAAAGACGUGCAUCGUUAUCCAACGUCCCCUCCGCCGCUUUCAACAAUAUACCUGAAGAUUCACCUAUUGAAGUCACACGACAUGAUUCAAGCAAACAUUAUGUUGAAGAAGUAGAAGACAUUGAUGAAAAAAUCAAGUUAAGAGACAGGUCGGAUAGCACCAAAACUGAUGGAGUUAGAAUUACUGCCAGGACAAGAUCUUCUACUUUGUCCAUUUGGUCUACAAAUGAUAAUGAGAGGCGUGACUCUAAAAAACCAAACGAAGUCAAUCUCCCAGCAUGGAUGUUUUUACGAUUAUUACCCUUUUACACUGAUGACAAUAUAUUGACAGAUAAUUUGGAAAGCACAGCCAAGUCGUCUAGGGAUUUUGCCAAUAGAAGACCAAUAUUACCAAUAUGCUUGAAACGGUACCAUUUAAAUACUGGUGAUUCGGCAGGUACGAAAUCACACAAGCGUAUAAUUAUCCCGCCCUUUAUUGAUCUUCCUGACUUUGUUGCUGAUGAUAUUGAUGGACCAGUUUCGUCAUUUAGGUUGAUACUUGAAAGUGCUAUAUGUCAUCGAGGUAAAGCAAUAGAGCUGGGACAUUUUGUCGCGGCAGUGAGGAAAAACAUUGAUGUGAUCAACCAAACUGAAGACGAAGCGUAUGAGUCUAGAUGGUUUUUAUAUGAUGAUAUGAAAAAAAGUCUGAGAGUGGUGGAGAAAACAUUUAAGGAGAUUUUUGCUACCGAAUGGCCAUACAUGUUAUUUUACCGAUUGGUUUCCGCAAAUGAGACUAGUGCUGUCUCGUCAAUGAAGAGUGAUAUUGUACCCCAGAACGGAAGCAAAGCGAAAUAUUGGCAUGAACAACUGAAACCAGCAGCGAAUCAGGGGCCAGUUCUAUCGCCCAUUCUAUCUUCAAAUGGCAGCGAAGUGAGUGAUCCACCAGAGAAGCAAACAUUAAACAACCCUAAACUUAGAGCAUCGUCAACUUCAGUGGUAUCAUCGAUCCCGCCUGAUGCUCCCGAUUACACCGAUAUUCGUAAUCGGUACUUUUGGUUUAUCCCAGAUGAGAAUAAAAAUUAUUACAAGGAAGAAGUAAUGGUGUUGGAUGGAACUUCGUCGGUUAACUUUAGCCCUCAAUUUAGACGCAAUAGUCAAUGGAGUGUCAAUUCAAAUAUCAGUAACAUCCUUCUAGCUAAAUCCUCACUGGGUCAUCUACCAGAAAAAAGUGAUCCAUUGCUACCAGCCAAUCCUACUUCCGAAGCCAAAUCCAACUCAUUGGAAAUCCCUCGUGAUGAGAAGCAAGCACCCAAAUUGGAAAAAAGUAGCACAGGGUCCAUUUGGAGAAGGAAAAAAAGUCCCAGAGUUAAAGCAGAAUCCGUUGAGCCAGUUGAAGAAGAACAACAAAUCCCAAAAUUGGACGAGCCAAAGCAAACUUUCCCGCAAACUUUACGCAACAAAGACAACAGCACAACCGUAAUAUCACAAAACCACAGUCAUGGGUUACUACAUAGAUCUAAACAUCGAAGAGAUGCAUACAAGAAAGAAAAGUGUAUAAUUACAUAG